AUGUCUGGUUCCUCUGAACAACCCAUCGUGAUGGAUGUGCAGCGAGCUGUACGCACUGAAGAUGAGUGUCUUGAUAUCUCCAAGAACAACCAACUCCAAUCACCAUUACUUCGAUUGCCCCCAGAGCUACGCAAUCGUAUCUACAAAUAUGCUCUUGGUGGGAAAAAGCUUCGACCCGCUGGCUUCAUCCACCGCAUCAAAUACGAGCAAAACGGACGUGUGACUCCACCGAACUUUGUCGCACUACUAUCUGUAUGCCGACAGAUCUACGCUGAAGCUCGCCUUUACCCUUUCCUUUUGAACACUUUCGAGUUCAUCAACACAGAGGUCGAGCACAUCGAUGAAUUUGCGGUUUUUCUCACGACACAACAGCAGCAAUCGGUGAAGAGCGUAACCAUGGGUAUCGUGGAGGAGAAUCGAGAUGGUGGAGGAUCCUGGUGGUAUACGGACAACAAGCCCGUAUGGUGGGUGGUCGCUCACGGAAUUCCUGAUGCCCGCAAGGAUUUGCGUGACAUGUUCCCAUGCGUCGAAAAAUUGAUCAUCGAGAAUCACUACCUGGUUCCCACCCGCGAAGAGGAUAAGAAGAUCGACGCGUCAAUCUUUCAAAAGAUAAUCCUGAGGGAGGAGGUCCCAUUUGACACCGAAUUCGCUAUCUGCAAUUGCAAGGAUACACUGGAAGAGAAGCACCAUGCAUCGCUUGAAAAGAUGCUGAAUGCAAAGGAUAAGCGACCACUUCAUUGCUGUGGGGAUAUGGAGUAG